UACGCAUGCCAAAAAGUUAGUCUUUUGUUUAUCAGUGAAUAGGGCGAACCGUUGGCCAAAUUGCUCCGUCAAAUUUUAGACAAUCGCCAGUUUUUUGCAUUUUUGUGCGGGAAAUUUCUGCAUUUCGGAAACGGUGUUUUUUUCUCCGUCGUUUAAUGGUAUUUUCGCGAUCCGAAGUGUGAUUUUCAUCUAGAAAAGUUGAUUUUUCCAGCUAGCUUCUACCUGACGUUUACUGUCAUUGCGCUUGACGGUCUCUGGCAUCCAAGGACGCAAACAUUUACCGUUUUCUUUCUUCAUCGGCAACGGUGCUUAGCGAUUGUCAAAACCAUACCAGUGGAAGCCAUUUUGCGUUUCUUGUGUCGAGUGUUCCCAAAUUCUACUGAGAAGGUAAACACCCCAAACUUAUUACGAAACCAACCCGAUUUGGUCCUUUGAGCCCUGUUCGGGGCGACUAGAUUUAGAUCUUGUGAUGUUUGCGUCCUAUUGCGGAAAAUCUGCCCGAAAAACGUCACUUGCUCAUUGAUUACCUAACAGCACUGUGUCACACUUCCACAUCGAUUCACAGGAAUGAGUCGAUACGACUGGAACAACCCGCCGCCUCCGGGGACGGAAUAUGAAGGCCCCGAAGCGUCAAGCAGCGUUCACAGUCAAAUUGAUCUUGACCAGCUUGAAGGUAUCAAACAGAUUGAGCCCUCGUUCAGCCAGGCUUUGCAAUGCCUGGCUGAGGAAAGGGCAGUGUCUUCUGAAAAGACAGGUUUAAGAUCACGUAGCAGGAGUCAUGAACGACGACGGCGCCGGAAGCGUUCGCGAUCGUAUUCUAGACGAUCUAGAAGCUAUUCGAGAAGCAGGCGUCGACGGUCUCGUUCACAUUCUAGACGCCGGCGAAGGAAAUACUCUUCUUCUAGAUCGCGUUCUCGAUCACCUGAGUACAGGCACAGACAAAGAAGGCGUCCUCGACACCGCUCCCGGUCGCGAUCCUACGGAUCAAGGAAAAAAUCGUACAAGUCCAGGUCGAACUCCAGAAGCCAUUCGAUCUCAAAGUCGUUUAGAAGUGAGCGAGAGCGCAAAAGUUCGAAAUACGACUAUACAGCCCAUAGAAAACGGGGCGAAGAUUUUGACGGAGAUUUAGUUGACGAGGACAUAAGGAGAGAGGACUCGGAGGAGGAUGUUGGCGCCGAUUCUCAGCCGGAAUCCGACCACGCGCCCAUCCCCUUCAAGAACGACGGCUCUUUCUUGGAGAUGUUCAAGAAAAUGCAGGAGGAACAGAAAGUGAAGGAGGAGCCCUCCGAAGAGACCGUUCCAAAAAAACCGGUAUUUGGGGCGUUUGGCAAGCGCCGGGGCGGCAAAGUACUGAAAACUGGGAUGGUCGCCAAAGUCCGUAACGUCGAAGAGGAAGCGAACUCUGCUCAGGACGCCUGGUCGGUCUACAUGCAGGAAGUGAGAAAAUACAAAGAAGUACACUGUGAUGAUGAUUCCAAAACCAGACCUCUGGUCAAAUGAUGACUGUUGAACUUUCUUAAAAGUAAUUCUAGUUAUGUUAAGAUGUGUUUCCAUGCAACCCUCGAAGCAGUUGCUUGUAGUUAAUAAUUUUAUUCAUGUGUAUUUUUUACUUUCAGUUUAGGGUUACGGUAGAAAAGCGAAAACUUUUUUGUUUGUGUUCUAAUUAUGUGAAUGUUUCCAGAAAAAUCCUAGUUUAUUUUGAA